CCCAGCAUCUAGCCGAUGUUCACAUUGCUGCAGCACAGCCAGGGAUUAACAAUGGCCAGGCACACAGCUCUCUGUGCUGUCAGUGUGAUUGUCUUUCUCUCAGUCCCGUGCCUUACAAAUCGAAAACUGUUGGUUUUCCUGAUAGAUGGUUUCCGCUUUGAUUACAUCAAUGAAGGGGAGAUGCAGAAUUUACCGGGUCUAAGGGAGAUCGUUGAAUUGGGCGUUAAAGCGGAUUACUUGACACCGGAGUUCCCCAGCCUUUCAUAUCCGAAUUAUUACUCCCUCAUGACUGGACACUAUUGCGAUGUCCAUCAGAUGAUUGGAAAUUAUAUGUGGGAUGAGCAAAAGAACAAGUCAUUUCUAAUUGGUGAGAAUGAGGAUAGCCGACUGCCUAUGUGGUGGGACGCGUCAGAACCAAUCUGGGUUACCAUGAAGAAGAACAACAGACCAGUUUAUAUGUAUUACUGGCCGGGUUGUGAAGUUGAGAUUCGGAGUGUAAGGCCUACAUACUGCCGAAGCUACUAUUACUCUCCAUCAGACAAAGACUUUGCAGCUGCUGUUUCAGAUGCCAUUGAAGUUUUGAGCAAGGGGAAAGCAGAGAUGGCUGCAGUGUACUAUGAGCGCAAUGACGUUGAAGGUCAUCAUUUUGGCCCUUGGUCAAAGCAGAGGAAGGAAGCCACCAAAGUUUUGGAUGACACUUUAAGAGAAAUGAACAUAAGAAUUCAGGAGGCGGGCCUCCAGAAUGAAUUGAAUGUUAUUCUGUUUUCGGACCAUGGGAUGACUGACAUUUUCUGGAUGGAGAAGGUCAUUGAGCUUGAUAAGUAUAUAAAUAUGGCAGAUGUAUUGAACAUGCUGGAUCGAGGGCCUAUGGUGAGUCUAUGGCCUAAAGAAGGGAAACUGAAUGAGCUGUACAGCAGCCUCAAAAAGGUGAAGGAAAUGAGUGUGUACAAGAAAGAUGAAAUUCCAGACCGAUAUCAUUACAAAGGUGGCAAGUUUGUAGCACCACUUACUCUGCUUGCUGAACAAGGCUGGUUCAUUAUUGAGAAUAAACAGAAGUUGCCUUAUUGGGCCAAUGAAACAGGUAGCAAGAAGGGUUGGCAGCAUGGAUGGCAUGGCUAUGACAAUCUAUUGACGGAUAUGAGGGGAUUCUUUUUGGCGUAUGGACCAGAUUUCAGAAGAAACUACAAGGUACCUCCACUUAAGGUGGUUGAUGUGUACAACGUCAUGUGUCAUGUUGCUGGAAUAAACCCAUUGCCAAACAAUGGCACCUGGUCCCAUGUGGAGUUGAUGCUGAGGAACAAUGCUAAUUUGGCGCAAAGUGCAAAAGUUAGUGUCACCAUAUUGAUAUUAACACUGGCCUGGUUAUUUCACUAAUGUGUUUUCAGUCCAUUUAAAAAAGAAAUUCAAUUAACAUGUGUGAUUUUUGGCAAGAUUAUUGUAGUUGAUUGUUUUGGGAUAUGCUAAUAACAUGUGCAAUGCUGCCAAAGCAUCACGGUUUGACAGGCUCCCUCUGAAUGCUUUAAAGUGAUUCUUUUUGAGUUUAAGAUCAAUAUUGCAUUCCACAAGACACAAUACUCGAGCACCUCCCAAACAUACCCAGAAGUGACAGUCAUGCUUCUACUCUGACUCUAACCCUUUGUGCAUUUCCUCCUUACUUUGGUGGGAGUGCCUACAGCCAUCUUGGCCCCACACUCUGGAACUUUCUUCUUAUAACCCCUUAUUACCCCCUCUCCUCCUCUAAGAUACUCAUUGAAUCACAGCUCUUUCACAAACUUUUAGUCUCUCCUCCUAAUGUCUCUUUAUUUGGUUUGGUGUUCAUUUUUUCCCAAUUAGGCUCAUGUGAAGCACCUUGGGAUGUUCUUGUAUGUCAAAACCACAUAAAGAAUGAAAUUUGUUGAUCUCAUUUCACUACUAGUUUACAUCCUGUGCAAUGCUGACUUUUAAAUACUACCUAAUGUCCUAGUGUCCUCACUGGACACGAUGGUUCCUAGUGUAGUUGACCCAGAAUAAACAGAUCAGAAGACAGCGCCAAGUGGCUAUUUAAUGCUGUCCAGCAAUCAACCUGCCCCAGAACACUGCUCUUCUUGGGAUGUUGAGAAGACAUUCAUUUGGGUAAAGUGGAUCUUCCUUCUGUCUUUAUUUGAGAGAACACCAUUUAGCAAGGGCUUCAGAAACUAGAUCAGGAGGCUGUAUUCACACUGAAUGGCACUAUAUGCUAACUGUUGCACCACCCCUUCAUUCUCUCUCUAAUGAGUGAACAGAUAGGGAUGCUCAUUGACCAUUCAUUUUUUUCUGAUAGACCCACUGGCAAGAUAAGGAAGACUUAUAUCAGACAUUCAUGCUGGUGCGAUUAAACAUAGAAUUAUGCUGCA